UGUCAUGACAAUUAUGGGAUGUUGUUCAUCCGGGCAUCUGUGAGACUAGCGCCACCGUUGCUGUGUCCGGUGAGAAGGAAGGGAAGAAGAUAAGAGGGUGCACAUGGUAGCCAUAUAGAUGGUGAUAACGUGCCUGCAGUCUCUUUCUUUUCUUUAUUUUCUUAUCUUCAUGAGUUAACCGGUAGAUUAAGCAGUAUUGAAGGGGUUAGAAGAAAUCAAAUCAUUAUACAUCCUGCCUAGGGCUAAACCAAAGCCGAGAGGAUAUAGAAUAGGGAAUUUUUAAAAAAUGGGUAUCAAGGCUUUACAAGAAUUUCUGGAAACACAUUGCUCAAGUGCAUGUGUUUCGGUGGAUUUACUGAAGAUAUCACGUGGAUUUGUACCGAAACGACGUUAUAAAUUCAACGAUUCUGGUCACUUUUAUUUGGUGGUGGAUGCUGAAAGUUGUUUGGAUCGGCUUUACGGUGGUUACUUCUCUGACUGGGUAUGCGGUGGUCAAUGGAACCGCAUGAUGUAUUUUCUAACAAGUCUUGUUCAGGCUUGCCACAGUGCCAACAUGGAGCUGGUUGUUUUCUUCAACGGUGCUCUUGAAAGUCAAAGUUUAAAUGAAUGGUCAGCUGAACAACAGAAUCAAAGGAAAAAAGCAAAUCUAGUCACCAAGCACGUGAACAACAAAGGUACACCGCCGCCAAAGGUAUGGUGGACCCCACCCGUUUUUUUACGAAGUGCCCUUCGGAUGGCCCUUCGUCAAUUAAAUGUAUCUGUCGCGUGUUCUAUGGACGAUCAUCACCAAGAAGUAAUCGGAUACUGCCGAGAACAUGGAUUGCAAGGAAUCAUUGCCCAGGAUUCCGUGUAUGCUAUAUUUGACCCACCUCGCUAUUUCUCUUCGAAUAACUUGAAACUUACCUAUAAAGGUUCUUUAGAAACUAAGGAAUACAUUAUGGACGACAUAGCCAAGUGUCUUAAUCUUCAUCCUAGUCGAUUCUGUUUGUUCGCAGCACUUCUUGGAAAUCAUAUACUUCCUGAUGAGGAUUUAGUUGACUUUUUCAAAGAUGAAGUCUAUAAAGCCACAGAAGGAAGACCCACAAAGUUAACACCAGAAAAAGUGAUCAAAGCUGUUGUUGACUUUGUUAGAAAACUACCUUCUGUUGAAAAUUUGGAUGUCAUUGGGGAGGAAAUUUUCAAAGACUCUGUUAAAAAUAAACAAGAACUUAUUACAAAAUUGAAACAAAGUGUCCAGUACUAUUUAAAUGGUACUCAAGAUGGUUUCCUGAAAUAUAAACCCAGAGUAAAAAUAAAUGGUCUUCCACAACAAACUGGCAGCUAUCUUCAAAAUGGCCAAAAUAAAUCUGAUACAAGUGAAACCUCUGGAUAUGUUGAUAAUGCUAACCCGCAAAUUGUUGUUGACCCACCCAAUCAGAACAUGCAUGACUUUGAUGCCAAUCAGUCUGGUGAUUCUAAGAGAAAUGAUGACACAUGGACUCAAAAGUUUCCGCAAAAUUUGAACAAAUGUGUAAAAAAUGAGCAUUCACAGAAUGAUGUAGAAUUUAAACUUCCCCAAAUAUCUCCUGAAAUUAUGCGUAUAGCCAGUGAAAGACACCAGAAAGGUUUAAUGAGUCCCUGGGUGUAUCAGUUAUUAUCUCAGGGUGAAGUCAAAUUAGAGGUAUGCUUGGAAGAGGAUGUCAGUCGAGACCUUAUUUCUUAUGUGGAACUAUAUCGGCCUGUCAGGCAAACUCUUUAUUCUGUGCUUUUUAAUUUAAAUAAACUAAAGAUUAUUCACGAAAAUCAAAGUAAAGAUAAAGGUGACCAGUCUUCCAAAUCCUUCGAGGUCUGUGUCAAAGAAUGGGUAGUCCGCAAAGGCGUGUUUAGUCCACACUGUGAAUAUGUUGUUGCACAUCCGGUUGACUGGAAAACUCCAAGUAUUGAGCGUUUGUGGCUAGGCCAGCAAGCUGAUGACAAAAACAGACGAUUAAGAGCAUUCCUUACCUGUCUUAAAAGUGAUACUCCUUUGAUGCUAAACACAAAUUAUGUUCCACAACAUUUACUGCUUAUGUGUUGUGUUCACAGGUAUAUUUUACAAAAUGGUAGAAUUCUACAAAGGCAAGAAUUGGAUGCUUUCUUAGCAAUGGCAGUGUCUCCUCUUCUCCAUGACAUUCAGAUCAUGCAGGAUCUAAAACUACCAUCUAUCAGUAACCGUGGAGUUCACUUAGCAUCUCUUUUUAUGGCUGGAAUUGAAACUGCCAUUUUUGCCAAUGAUAUUUGUGGAGCUCCAAUUCCAUGGACCAUGUGUUGCCCCUGGUUAUACUUUGAUGGCAAACUUUUUCAUUUCAAACUUCUGAAAGCAAAUAACAAUACUCCUCUCAUUGAUAUGUGUGAUGGACAGGUUGAUCAAGUACUGAAGGUUGAACGAAUGAGACAAGCAAUUUUAGAAGGACUGAAAGUAGAAUUUGCCAAAGCCCCAUUACCUGCUACUGCUCUCUACACCAAUUAUCCUUUUCCACCCUACUCUAAUGUUAACUUCAAUCAUCGGCCUCCUGGUGCCCCUCCAAUUCAACCAAAUAUUUCUGCUGGUGGACAGAACCAGAACAAAGGUCGAGGACGAGGCAUCCUUGGUCGUUCGCCUGUAGAUGCUCGUGGUGGGCAGUUGGAGAUAGCCGGAGUUGUCGUUGGCAGUUGGGGACCAAAUCUUCAUGGUGCGGCCCGAGGCCGUGCAUCUAACAUGGCUCCACAAGUUAUGUCAGUUGGAGGACCAGGCAAAAGAGUAUCUCGUAAUGUUGCAUCAAACAGAGCAAUCCGAGGAAAAGCUUCAGCAGCACUUUAUGGCAUGGGGAGAGGAUUAAGGCCAUCAAAUGAGGCUCGUUUUUCAAGGGGUCGAGGUUUCCGACCUCCUACCAGGCGUCCAUUGAGAGCUCGUCCAAGGCCAGGAAGUAAACCAAGAAAUGCUCGAGGAACUGGUGCAGUUGCUAUUGUCCGUGGAAGAGGCUGCACUGUUGAAAUUUCAGGAGAGACUGGCUCUUCUGUAGUAAAUAUGUCUCAAUUUUUAUCCAACUCUGAAAGUGAUAAAACUGGUAAAUAUGCUAAUGCUGAUGAGAAGGUCAAUUCAAAUAGUGCAAUAAGCAACAAAGACAGAAAAGCUGGUGGUGUCAACAACAAUAAUAACAACAACAACAACAGCACCAAUAAUAACAACAACAGCAACCAUGACUCCAAUGAAACCAACUCUGUCUCAACCAAAAAGGAACAAACUAAUAAUGGCCCCUCUUCAACGGAGACUAUAGUCAUGGCAAAGGCUUAGCUUUCCAACUCAAGCCUGUUUUAACCCUGGUUCCUGUGACAGCAGAAAUGUCCGGUGUCCACAUCAUUCCAUUGUGUUUGUCCAUUUUUUAUAUAUAUACAUAUAUAUUUUACUCAAAUCAUUAUUGGUAAAACAUGAAAAGAAAAAAAUUAUUUAUUCAUUUAAAUUAUUUUAGCUUUUUGGUUUGCUCUUUUUUUGUUUCUCAUUCAUUAAUUGGCUGAACAAAACAUUUUUUAGUAAAUUUUGUUACUCAUUAGUAAUUAGCAUCAUUGUUUUUUUUUAUGUGUGUAUGGGUGUGUGUGUGUGUAUAUACAUGAGUGGAUGUGUGUACACAUUUUAAAAAUUUGCAAUCAUCACCACUAAAAUAACAUUACUUUUUCUUUUGAGAUUUUUCGAUAUUUGCAAUUGCUUUUUUCUUUUUCUUUUUUUUUUUUCCUUUCUGUUCUUGAUAAAAAAAACUUGUAUUGAAUGAUUUUUAAAAAGAUCUUAAUAGCAAUAAUACUAGCAUGUCUCAGUAUGUUAAAAUUAAUCACUUUUUAAUGAAUUUAUGCAGGUUGUAUUAUAUGUCUUACAUGAAGCAGAUUUUCAAGUUUGUUUCCUUGAAUUUUCAAAAUUCAUUAUAUCAACACUUGCUCUACACAUAAAUAACAUUCAAUUAAAAUAGGUAGUUUUCAAUCACUCUUCUGGAUAUUUCACAGUCAUAUAUUUGAAUUUUAAAAUAGUUCAUUUAUAAAGUACAUAGUAAUUGCUAGCUUAUUACAACAGGAUGACAUUCUAGGUACUAUUUUAUUCUUAGGAUACUAUAUAGUGUGAACCAACUCUUCGCUGGAUAGCGUCUAGUAUUGUAAACUUGACAAUUGUUAAGUCCGUUGCUGUAUGAGUUGAGUUAUAAAUGGUAACGUUCACUCUGCCGUGUUUAACUUGUCCAUAAUGCUCCCAAUGAAAGACAAUCUUCAGAGGUAAGUGCCAUCUGUAUCAGAUGGCUUAUUGUAACAUUUGUUGCUUGAAAAGAUAACCCAAUUUUUUAAAAUCCAAUUAUUGAUAGAUAAUUUUAUCAAGACUGAAUUGCAAUUGCAGUAUCUUUGUUAAUUACAUGUUUAUUUAGUUGUAAUUUACUGAUUUAUUCUAGCUGAGCCAAAACCUUAUUGUCUCGUGCUUUUUUUUUUUUUUUUUUUUUUUUUUUUUUUUUUUUUUUCAUGUUUUACCAGACACCUGUUUAUAGUCCAUUUGUAACAAAAACUCAUUCAUUUACAAAUAUUUUAUGCCUAAAAGUAUAUUCUUCAGAUCAUAAUCAUUCUGAGAGUUUAAUCUAAACUGAUCAGGAGAGACAAGAAUGCAAAAAACAAAAAAAUGCCAUUAUUUUGUUUAGAUAAUAUUUGAAAAAUGUUUUGAAAUUUAGUGCAUAAAGAAGUUGAACUGGAUUAGAUUAGCUGAUUAGUGCUUUUGCAUGCUUUUUGUGCAUGCAUGACUAUCCAGUUGACAUCUGCACUUGUUUGUGAAGAUAUACUGUAUCAUACAUUGGAAUCCUUGGUAACUCAAUAUGUUGCUAUUUGGAGUUUUCGUUCAUUGGACUAUCUGACUGAUUCAUUAGAAAGCCAAAAUUUGUUCAUGUUCCAUUUAUGGAGCCAAAACAAUCAGCUAAAGUUCACUCUUUCUUUUCUCUCUCG